AUGUUUUCUCUUGUUUUUCUGCUUUGCUUUUUGCUUGGCGCGGCUUCGGCCGUUUGCUACCUCCAUGGCAUUGUCGCCAUUGUCGCCAUUGUUGUUGCUGGAGCGGCGAUCUUUUUCGCCGGGACUCAGUUCAACCGUCCCACUUCCGGGCUCCGGCCUGUAGAACCGGUCCUUAGUGACCCAACCCCCGCCGAUGCCUACAAAGCUGAGGCAAGAAAGAGUCGAGAGCUGGAGAUGAAGGUGGAGGCUUUGGAGGAGGAGCUUCGUGGCUCGGAGGCAAGAGGACGGCUUUCCAAGAAGGACUGGGACGGAGAGAAAGCGCGUUACGACGAGAAGCUCCGGCUUAUGAGUGACCGCGUGAAAUCUCUUGACCGGAAUUUCAAGGGAGCCAUGCGUGCGAAGGACCAGGCUAUGAGCGAGUGCCAUAAAUGGCGACGCGACUUCGAAAGCCUUGAAAGCCUACGGCAGCAGCAGGCCCACGAGAUUCCUGUUCGCAGGAUCACGGGGCGUCCUCGAUGGGCCCCAGCCAAAUCUUGCGGAGUAGGGAAGCGGCGACGUGGUCGUUCGGGAAAGGAUCUUACUGCCGUUGCGAAGGUGGCCCUCGUCAAUGCGGAGUGGGAGGUUAAGAUGGCCGGUAUCAAAGAUGAAGCACGAAGCCAUGUCGCUCUCUUAGACCACCAUAUCGAAGCCCUCACAUCCCAAGUCACCUCGCUCAGUCAGAAGACGGAACGCCUCUGUGAAGAACCUCGCAACACCGUUGAUAACAGCAACAUGCGAACCCAGCAGGAUGUGUUGGACGCAGAAAACAGAAUCAUCCGGGUUGCCAAAGAGGAACACAUGCGGAUAGUCUCAGAACUGCAGCAGACUCACUUGAGAGAGCUGGCGGCAGCCGAGAAUGAUCACAAGGAGAAGCAGGGAAUGAUGGAAUCGAGACUCAAGGCCAAGGUCGCCGAAUUGAGUGGUCAGCAAGAGCAGGUACAGCUCGGCCAGGGCAAGGCCAAUUUGAUGCUAGGCCAGCUGCGCCAGUUGAAUGCCGAGUUGACCGAGAAGCUGCGAGUGGAGAGUGAAGCUCUUCUUCAACGACGAACAGAGUCAGAAACUCUGGUUCAGAAGAUCCUCAAGCUGCACCAGAGGAAGAAGAGGGACCGCAAGAGAAUCACCAAGCUUCAACGCGACCUCCGAGAGUCUAAUCAGAUGAAAGACAUCGCAGAGGAGGCCAUGGGGGGAAUGAACGACGUGAUCAACGGUCUAGAAGAGCAGAUCGAAGGUCUGAAGGAGGAGCUCGAGGACGCGCGGUGGGAAAAUCCUGACCCUGAAGACCUUGAAACAAUUCGAACCCCGACUCUUGAGGCCCAAACAGAUGAUCUGGUUGGCGCCAUCGGUGAUUUCACCUUGGGAGGUUCAACUUCGGUCUGA